UACUUUCCUCGGGCAAGCGCCAUUUUGUUCAUGGUACGCAUACACUCUCCACAGCGCAGUUCAAAUUUUGGGCCACCGUUUUGAGUAAACUUCUGGAUUUUAGAGCGAAAUUUUGCCUACAAAAUGAGCGGAAGAGACCCGGGAAAGAUCGAUAUGGUCGACGAUGAGACUGAGGAGCGGCCGAUCACGACCUUCGAGAAAUACGUCCAGUCGACAUUUGCCGAGCUGGUGGGCACCAUGUUCUUCACAUUCAUCGCGUGUCUGGCAGUUACGACGCAGGACCUGGUGGCCAUUGCCUUCGCUGAGGGCUUAGCCAUGGCGCUUCUGUGUUCUGCCUUCCUAAACAUCAGCGGUGGGAUCUUCAACCCUGCUCUGACCUUCGCCGUGUGUUUGUGCGGGGGCAUCAGCCCACUGCUUGCAGUGUUGUACUUCGUUGUGCAGAUCUGUGGAGGAAUGCUUGGUGCAGCCUUUGUCAAGGCUGUCCUGUUUGAGGAUUCGUACUACGACAUCCGCGGCGGUUGCAACAAGUUCCGCGGCAGCGUGCCAUACGACAAGUACGACUCCCUGCAUGUCCUGGGCGUGUCCCCUGGCACGGCCGUCAUCAUCGAGGCUUUGCUGUCCCUCUUCGUCUACAUGUCUUACCUGCAGGCCAACAUGGAUAACCGGGGCAAACACCUGACGGGACCGCUCGCCUACGGCUUCUCCAUCACGGUCGGCAUUUUGACAGGAAUGUAUUCCUCUGGAGCUUCCUUCAACCCGGCCCGUACCUUCGGCCCCGCCGUGGCCUCAGGCUUUUGGGAUGAACAGUACAUCUACUGGGCUGGGCCGGUGAUUGGUGGUCUGCUUGCUGGAGCUUUCUACAGAUUCAUCCUUGGAGACAGCAACAAGCGUCUCAUAAUGAGAGACUAGCGACCGAGAAAGAGCCAACCAAUGAUGAGUCCAGAAACCUACGGAGACGAAAUGCCAUUUGGAGGCAUUUCGUCUAACAAAAAACCUCGUCAUCAAACCACUUACAUGUAGUUUCGGAGAAGUAUGGAAAGUGCUUUGCCGGUGUGAAAACAUCUUAUGUUUCAAAACUGGGUUGAAUGAAAUGAAGUGUGCCUUAGAGAGAGCGGAACGUAUUAGGUGUAUCCAUUAUGUAAUUAGUUUACACUGUUGACAUUUCAAGAAUAGCGUAGUUUAAUGAACAAUUAAUAAAAAGUAAUCAUACAUGUAUAUCCCCGCCAGUGGAAAUAUCGCCUUUGAAUAUUUUUUGCAAAACAUUUAAAGUCUGAUCAAAUUGUACAUACGGAUGAAAAUAAGUGAAGCCCAUAAUUAUUUUGUUCACUUGUGUACGUUUUAAAAGGUUUUGUCUCUCUUUCUUAACUUUGGAACCUGUACAAAAAUAGCCAUUUGUUUGUUUUACCGUUCAUGCUAAGUAGUCGGGAAAAAUACACACGUAAAUUUAGAAAGUUUAUCACACAAAAGAGCUGUCUGUAUACGUAUCCAUGUGUGUUCUUUUUAUUCCAUAUUCACUGAAUUUCAUCGUAUCGAUCAGAGUUUUCUUUUGCCAAAAAUUACACCAUGGUGCCAUUGUUAAUUUACGGUGUGGUGAUGAUCACCGGCUAUAAUGUUAAAUGCGACUUUCCAUCAUAGUUAAUAUUGGUUUCGAAUUCUUUUUUGGGGGUGGAAACAGGUUACUCUCUGCGGUGUACAUACUUUUUGAGUCGUUAAUUAUCUUUCUAAAAUAAAUUUGUAGAAACAAUUUUGAUGUGAUUUGUUUCAAUUUUUACCUUCAAUUCCGUGGCCAGAAUAAAGAGUGAAGAGAAAUGUCCGUUUACCCAUUA